AUGACACUUCAAUCCCCUGUUUUUAUUCUCAUUGUUCUGUUGGUCUUAUCUGCUACGAAUCAAGCUUUAACAUUCAUUGAUUGGAGCCCCGUCGACAUCAAUGAUCCCCACGUGGUAGAAAUUGCAAAGUUUGCUGUUACCGAGUUCAACAAGCGAAUUACUAUAGAGAAGUUAACGUUCGAGAAUGUCAUCCAUGGUGAAUCUAAAAAUGUGGUUGAUGGGACCGUCUACCGCCUCACUUUUUCCGCACACGGUCUUUCAACUUCUUACAAAUAUAGAGCUAUUGUGUUUGAGAAGCCAUCGGAGCACUACAGAAAGCUCGCUUCUUUUGAACUUGUUCAUGCUUAA